GCCACCGCGGUGGCUUUGACAUCGCCACCGGCAACGCACGAGGUGUUGUCGUCGACGCCGUACUCUCGCCGUCGUAGGUGGGAAUCAGUACGUCGGCGUCUACCGCGGCGCGCAGACCUCGAGGAUGUGUCGUGGCGCGUUCCAACGUGCGCGCAAAAAAAGGAUCGACUGAGCUUGGCGUCGAGGCGAGGCACGUUCUCUUCGGGAAUCUCCGGGAUAUCCGGGGGAUUAUAUUGGAGUGCCUGAUCCGACCGAUUGAUCGUGUCUCUUUUCCCCCCCGCGAAUGGUGAUUAGUGAUUGCCCCGAGGCGCUAAAGUGAUCCCUUCGCGUGCGUAUACGCUCCCCUCGAGCGAUCGGACGAUUUAACCCCUCCUCCCGGGAAAAGUAAGUAGUGGAAGAUCGCGCGUGGGAAAAUUCGACGGGUGAAAUUCGACCUUUUUCGUUCCGGCACGCGGAUUCGGCCUGGUCGAUAGAUAUCGGAGAAGUCUCCCUCGUCGCGGACGCGCGACGGCGACGGGGAUUAUCGGUCUACGAGGGCGUCAGAAGAGAAGCGGGAAAGUUCAGGCAGAAAAAACAGAUAGCGCGUAAACUUCUCUAUCCGGUCGCGUCGCCGACACGUUCGUCGUUCGUGCGCGUGCCCUGAUGUUCGUGACGACCAGAACAGGAAGAUACGAGAGAGCUACAACGAGGACGACGCUCAACCUCGCUGUCACGUAGACGACUCGUUCGCGUCUUUGUCGUUUUCUAGUUUCUACAUGCAUUUGAAAAUGUUUUGCUUCCAACGUCCCUUCACGCGAUCGUCGCGUGGCGUCGUGUCCGCCGGGUCGCUGUCUACGACGGAGAAGGGCAAGUCCUCGCUGACCAGCGCAAUUCUGUCGCCCGGCAGGACGUCUAACGCGAGCGAGCGCAACCGACGCGGCUCCGAGGCGGCCAGCGACGGCUCCAACUCCUCCAUCAGGUACAUCGACCAGGAGGCCUCGAUGUCCGGCAGUAGCAGCACGGACACCCUGCCGGGUAUCCGUGCCGAUUACCUCGACCCGGAACCCCUGUCGCCCGGACCGGACGCACUGACCUCGCCGAGCGGGAUAACGGUCGCUUUGAACAGCGACAACGGUAUCGGCGAACGGCAGGACGAGAGUAAUCAGACCGCGCGCUGUUUCUUGCCGUCGCCGACGAAGAAGUCGAGCAACAACGGCAGCGGCUGGCGCCGCAAGUUCAUGCGUAUCCGCUCCAACGAUUCCUCGAGCUUGAACAACGGCGAGACGACUCGCUCCUCGUCGACGUCUCCCUCGCCCCUGAGCGAAUCGAUAGCGGAGUCCUCGUCCUCGUCGAGGAAUCCACGUACGGACGAGGGGCAGCAGAGCGACAACGCCACGGCGACGACCGUCUCGUCGCCGUCGGUGCAGAUCGACGUUACCGGAAGCCCUCAGGUGGCCACCACCGCCUCCGUCGGCGACAUUCCGUCUCUGGAGAACGGCUUCAGCGAGGAGGAGAACGACGACGAGGAGAACGAGGAGGAGCGGACUUGUCCGGCGACCGAGACGAAGGGCUCGUCCUUGCCGUGCAGCCCCGCGGCCGCGUCCGCCGUCGGCCUGACCUCCUCCGCGGUGCCCUAUUACGACUUCCUGUCGGUGAACGGCGGCGCGAUGCGGCAGGAGACCACCAGCACCAGCUCGCCCCAGCUGUCGUCCGGCGCGAGUUUGCGUUCCAACGUCGAGUCCCCGCCCGCCGACACCUGCAGCUCCUACGGCGAGGACAGCAGCCCGGGCAUGGACUCGCUCAAGCCCGAGGGUCUGGACGCGACGACCGGGUGCCUGCCGGCCGCGAGAUCUUGCCCGAAUCUGGAGCGACAGAGCGCCGGCUGCUCGUCGGCCAGCGGCUCGUCGAGCCCGAGCCCGAGCCCGGGUCCGGCCGGGCCACGUUUCAAACCCCUCGAGGAAGGCGACAUACAAGUGUGCUACCUCAAUCAAACCCGGACCCUCGUGAAGAAGAUCCUGUCCAGCAAGUUCCUCAGGCGCUGGGAGACGCAUCAUCUCUAUCUCAACGACUGCUGCCUGUCCUCCAAGACGCUGACGGGUUUUCUUCAGCAACCUGUUCCGUACAGCAGCAUGUCGGAGGUUCGGAAGUAUGUUGUCGCUAGGUGGGACCCCGCGUAUAAGAACUGCCUCAGCAUCGUCCUACCAGACGGUUCGCUUCUUCUGCAAGCCAAUAACGCUUACACGAGGGACCAGUGGUACCACUCGAUAUUAUGGAAGAAAAAUAUCUUCAAAUACCAACACCUCGUGUCGAUGAGCACUCGGGAAGAGGUGAUACUGCGCGAAUUGCGCACUAUGGUGGACUUCGCCCUAUGGACGCCGCUCGAGGACGAGAGGGUGGCGGGCACGCCGCUCGAGGCGGUCAUUAAACUGCUGGACGAGCCCAGCGCGGAAGUCGACUCGGACGGGAAAACCGAGGAGGUGGUGCGCGAUCGCAGGAGCUGGGCGGAGGCCGUGCUCGCCGUGGCGGCCCCUCUUCUGGAAAAAGCGGCGCCGCCGGCGGCGCUCGCGAAGGUACUCGCCAGACUGGCGCAACAGCAUCCGCGAUCGCAGCUGGUCCCGAUGCUCAGCCCGGCGAUCACGAGAUGCCUCAAGCACACCGUUGAUUUUGGCAAGUCGCCGGACAUGAGAAAGCUGCUGCAGGUAUUCAUCGCCGCUUUGUACGAGAACAACGACGGCGAACAGGCGAUCAAGGACUACAUCUCGUCGGUUCACGGGCCGGGUAGCGAUUGUCCGCACCCGCGGGUACUCCCCAAUCUCGUGUCCAUCUGCGUCGCGGCCAUAUUCUACAGGUUCGAAGUGUCGAGUCGCGCGUCGUUGGAAAAGGACGAGUCGCCGUCGUUGCCGCCGUUGCAGUGCUACCUGCUUGUCUUGAACAUCGCAUCGGAGUACACCGACUGGCGUCCGGGUCUCGGGGCACUACUGCAGCCCGUCCCGUUCCCGGAGGAGGCUUUGGCUGUGAAAGAAGUGCAGGAGUCCGUGUUGUUGUGCGUGAUGAAACGACUGGCGAAGGACCCGAGGUGCACGGUGCAUCGGGUCCUGCUGCCUGUUAGAGAACCGCGUCCAGGCUGGAUGCACAUCGCCGCGCCGUCCAACCCGGUUUGCCCAGAUCGCGGAGAAUUGUUCGGCGAGAUGCUCACGACUCUGCUGGCGUGCUGCUGUCGGCGAAAGAGGUUCAUCGCGUCUCUGCUGAAGCAGGCGGGCGACGAUUGCAUUCUGCUGGCGGUGCGGGGCUGUGACGCCGCGCAAGAGGCGCUCUGCUUGAUGCUCGAGUGGCGAUUGCUGCCGAACGAGGAGGCGAGGCUUCAGAUAGUCAACGCGCUCGAGUCCACGAAAUCCGGGAAGGAGCGUUACGCCGCUCUCUGCCAGAGGCAGAAGAACCUGCAGGAGUUGCAACAAAAAGGUGGACCUCGAAAACUGACGCUACCCGUACGAGCGACCGACGCCGACGUCGCUCUUCUGCUGGGCGGUCGUGCCCUCGGUAAUCUCGAAUGCCUCAGCCUGGCCUUCACUUCCGUGACGUCCGCUUGCGCGGAACAACUGAUAAAAUUACCGGCGCUGAGAUACCUGAAUCUGUGGGCCACGCAAUUCGGCGACGCCGGCCUACAGAUGAUCAGCGAGCACCUACAGAAGCUGCAGGUGCUGAACCUCUGCGAGACGCCCGUGUCCGACAAAGGCAUCUCCACGUUGGCCUCAUUAACCAGCCUAAGGAAAUUGAACCUGAAUAGCACGAAGCUGUCGGCUCAGACAUUCGAGUCAUUGAAGAAGCGACUGCCGGCCCUGCAGGAAUUCGACGUUCGAUACACGGAGGCCUGGUGACCUGAGGUCACGUCCAGCACCUCGACCAUCUGCGCUCUUCGUGACGCAGAACUCUUCGUAACGAAGAAGCAACGCUGAGGUGCUUGGUCGUUCGGAACAAAAAAUUCAAGAGACUUCACAAACGUGACGUUCGUAUUCUUGAUGUAAUCAAUCCGAUCGAAUAUCGAGCGUUGUGCGCGAUAAAUUCGUUCGUUUUGCUUCGAUUUAGGCUAAUAUACAAUGUUCGCGGUCAGCAUAACGAUCGCUGAAAGUUAUGGACCUUUGUCAGUGAAACUUUCCCAGAGGGAACAAAAUCUUCUGCUGACCACUGUGCGGAAUGAGUGAAGAGCCUUUUACCGUGUUUUUACGUAUCUUCGACGUAUCUCGCUUCUUCCGGUUUAAUCGAUCGACAGUUCUUUCCAAAGGGCGAUAAAGAUGUGCGAUAGAUUGACGCGGUAUCAAUAUAUCCGUGUGUCCGUUAAAUGUAUCUUCCAUUUUCAGCUGAUAUUGUUUACACGAGACGAUAUAGAUGGAGAUUCUCUUCCGAAAAAAUCGCCUGCCAGCUAGGCGGCUCGAUCGCGCUCCUACGACGUACGUUAAUUUAAAAGCACAUCCCUUCCGCAUCGUCGUCGAGUGGAGAUCGCACUUUUCAGGAAACAUUCCAGCAUCGUGAGUUCAGACGUUUCCCGGGAAGACGCACAUUCGUUCGAAUAAAUAAAUAUCGGGCGAACGACGAGCCGUCUCUCUCUCUCUCGGGCAUUUGCAUAGAAUCCGUUCCAGAAAUAUGCGAGGUGGCACGUGUAACGAUCGCGUCGAAGAGUCGCCGAUCAUUAGAGCCAGAAAAACGCGAAACAUUUGCGCGGUAAGUUGUCCACCUGGGGAUAGCGAAGGAAACAAAUGCAUAGGCGCGUGGCAAUAACGCGCUUGCCUCGACGAUUCUGAUCGAAAACGAACUAACAAUCGCGUUUAACGACCGUUCACAUUUUUACGCAACUCCGAAGGCCAGUUUCGUCGAGCGUCAACUUUAACAAUAGCUUCAGCGAGUCCUUCCUCCAUUCUAAUUCCGGGAAAAGGCAAGUUGUUUUCGUUCGUUUCUACGCUGUUAAAGCGUUAGAAACGCAAACACAUCUUCCUCCUCUCAUCCAAUCCCUUGAGUCUUUUAUAUAUUCGUGCGCAUCAUAUCUUAACGAUAUUACUUUUUUGACGGAGAUUACAGAUAUUCGCCAGUCGAUUUUCAUUUAUUAAGCACGCGAGCGUCGAGUUCAUCAUUCGCACCGAUGAGUAGUUGAAAGUCGUUUCGAUCCGCCGCGUCACGAGAAACUCUCUGCUAACAAGAGUAAGUACGCCAAUAAAAAGGAAUCAAAUAGUCCGUUUCUGGCGAAUAGUUUCGCACAAUGAGAAGUUUUUUUUCUAUCUGCAAACCUUUGCAGACAAGAAAAAUUAUCGAACGCUUUACUAACGUCAUCCAAUAGAGUCAGCGUUAAUUAUAAGAGUCUCGGCUAACGGAUAAUCGGCGAAGAACCAGCAUGAUGACGACAAUGAUCGCGACGAUCCUCCGCGAUCUCCGAAACAAAGACUGUUCCCAAUCGUGUGUCAGCGCGUUGCUGGACCGCAGCCGCCAAUCGAUCCCACUGCGUGAAGUGUCCUUUUCGUCGGGGGGACACUACCGACUUAACUCCUUUCCGUUCGAGGCGUGCUAACUGCCUUAAUCAGCGAGUUCUGAGCGACCACUGCCACAACGCGUCGCGUCACAGCGAGCGCGACUCUACUCUAGCAAAAAAAAAAAAUGAAGAAGCGAAGCUUCGAAGCGUUCCAUGUUCUGUCGCGAUGUCGGGAAGCUGCGCGCGGUAUAGACGAAACUUCGAGAGUCGCGGACGACGCGGACUCGCACACGUGCAUUUCGUUCCCUAGUGUAAAUAGAUAGGUAGACUAUUAAGAAUCAUCUCCCUCUCUCCCGUUUCUCCUUCGAUUUAAUUAGAUAGAUUUUAAUAAUUUAUUCUCUAGCUAGAAUCUUCUCGUAUUUAUAUAUUACGAUAAUAUUACAAUGUAUGUCGCACGAUCCAACUCGUACUAGCGUGAACACGCGUUUAGGAGGGAUAGUCGAUAUCUCGUGUUUAGAGCGCCGGCAAGAAGGAGGAGAAAGAAGAAGAGAGAGAGCGAGAGAGGGUGCCUCUCGAAGAGGUAGCAGGAUUUGGCCGUCACGAGAAUCGUGGCGACGGCGAUCAAUGGUUUCGCAACAGAAAAAGAAAAAAAAAAGAAGAAGAAAAUCUCGUCUCGAUUAUUGUAAAUGCCGCAAGGGAACAAGCAUUGUAAGAAGACUGUUUACGUCAAUUUCAAUAAGGAUCAUUAACUUAGGGAGCCACGAAUUAAUUACUCAAGUUAAUUCCACAAAGCGUCACACACGUCCUGUGAGCGAAGCAAAUAAAAUUCGAAUUUAAUACCUCACAGCAUUUCCGUUCCGUCACGCCUUCCUUUGUCUCUCACGUCUCGUCAGCGAGAUUCGCGAUCUUGCGCUGGCCUUUUGGCGACUCGCCAAAAAGCUAAAAGUUUCUCUUUAAGUUUUAUCCUUAAAUCGUUUCCUCGCAUGUAAUUCUAGCCGUUGCCGUUUCGUCGGUGAAAAUCUGUAAAACAUACUCUGUUAGACGUGUUACGAGAAUGAUCGGAUGAUUCAGCGUUAAAUUAUUAAUAGUCGUAUCUUUCUUUGACAUUUUCGUACGAAUAAAUUGUUUAAUCGAAGAA